AUGUCUCGUCCGAAUGCCUCCUUGGGCUGCCUUGACGCUUUCAUUGAGGGCCAGUGGGGCAUAAGUGCCACCACUGUCCUUGUCGAUAUGGGCUGCGCCGCUCUGAUGCAGCAAGAUCAUCCGCCGAAGUUGGUACUCGAUGCCCUGGUCAGCAUCUCGCUCAACACUCCCAACGCGUACUCCAGUGCCUUGGAGACACUCAAGGCCGUCGCUGCCCCAUAUUAUUUUUGGAAAGACUGGGGCCACGUUGAGACUACUCUUGCCGCUACCCUCCACGUCCUCCAAAAGGAUCAGGACGUCAAGUUCUUGGUGGACAGGAUAGCUGCGCUCGAGCAGGAGACUGCCCGCAAGAACAGGCAAAUUGAGUUUCAAAACGAGAGGAUCGCCGAGCUGGAGACCCAGCUGAGAGAGGCCCAGGCAGCUGCCAAUCUCGAGCAAAUCAUGGUCGCGGAUAUGAUUGCGGACAUGUCCCGCCAGCUGGCCCGGGUCAGGGGCCAAGGCUUCAGGGUGGCAUCGGCGAUCAUCGACGACCACUUUCCGCCGAGGAUUCUGGACCAGCUUCGCCAUAUGGACUGGCAGGACGGCAGAACCGGCAGCUUCAUCACCCGGGUGGAGCUGGACCACCUCCUCCACCUCCUACCACCAGCUAUCCAUGUGGAGUUGAAGGAGCUCCUGCAAGCGCACAUGGACGCCACCAGGAUCUUUCAGUCAUACAGCGAUGGCGAUGGCGAUGACGAUUGA